CUGGCUUCUUCCUGGGCAGACAGUCAGCGAAGCUACACACCAGCGUAAUUCGUACCUUUUCUUCUCUACAAGCCGGCAGUAUGAAUCCAAAUCCAUUUGAGAUCAAGAAGCAGCCAGUAUUAGUUGCUAAAAGAGCAAAUCCGCCAGCUCCUAAUGGUAACAGUAAAACUAUACAAGUUGAAGAUCGUAUUUCCGCAGAGGCAAGUCAGCUCAUAUUAGCCAUAACAAGUAUGGCACGCCUGCGUGGUGAAAAUGCCUCUGAAGGUGAGACCGUUCGCUUGGGAGAAUUCAAGGUACUGUCGUGUGUUGCUACCAUUGCUUAUGAGCCCCCGAAGUCUGGCAAGGUUGUUGAAAACCAGAAACUGGAAAUGAUCUGUAGGUGGGAAGACCGUAUGAAACCAACAGUGAAAUUGCGCCCAGCCGGAAAUAGUGAGGAGUAUUCAAAGGACCGGACCGAUCUAAAUACCCCAGCUGCCGAUGUCCUAUCUGAAGACAAGGAAGUGAUACCGAAGGCUGAGGCCCCAACAGACGGCCAGAAAAAGAAAGAAAAAGCAGGGAAAGGAAAGGAAAAGCAAGAGGACCAGAAAAACAAAGAAGUGCAGAAAAAGAACGAAGGGCAGAAAGAAAAAGCAGGGAAAUGAAAGGAAAAGCAAGAGGGCCAGAAUGCCCACUUCGAGGACAAGAAGUGAAACCAAGCUUCAAAACCAUGCUUUGGUUUUUGCCCCUUUAUUUUCACUGCCCCCCUAAUAAGCCAGCUUGCAUGCAUGAUCGGGCAAACCAGUAGUAUUUUUUAUAGCUUCGUCCACUCACGUCAUUUAAUUUCGUCAACUCCUCGAUGCAAUGAUGCUACACAAGGCUAGAUUCGAUCAA